AUGGAGACCAAGACUUCUGCAGAGAAGAUAAAAUAUGGUCCAACAAUAGAAAGACAGAUCAUAGAGGAAGAUCUGGGCAAAGUAGGAAGCAAAAUGAGGAAUGGACUUUCAUUUACAAAACUGCAGUCUUCUAAGGGUGAUGUUGUUGCAACGAUAGUGAUCUACAAAAAUUUAACAGAUGUUAUAUCUGCUAGAUCUGAAUUCAAUCGCUCAUCGAAUGAUGACGACAUAGUGAACGGCCCUGUCCUGUCGUGUUCGAUUUCAAAUGUGUCGUCCAGUUUGGCCUCACCAAUUAUCCUGAGUUUUGAACAUGGACAGACAAACUUCAUCAAUGCUUCGUGCAACUACUGGAAGUUUAGUAGUCCAGGGUAUUGGGCGAGUGACGGUUGCAUUGUUCGAGCUUCAAAUGAUACGAUUACUGUCUGCGAAUGUGACCAUCUCACCAACUUCGCUGUCCUCAUGAGUCCUUUUGUUGAGGCACACGUCAAGUCCAAGGCCUUACGUCUAGUGUCGAUUGUUGGCCUUUCUUUAUCAACGUUUUGCCUACUUCUGACGAUUAUUGUUUUUGCAAAACUUUGGAGAUACGUUCGGAGCGACAGGUCUGUUGUGUUGGUGAAUCUAAUCCUUGCGCUUAUUAUAUCUUACGCGAUCUUCCUUGGAGGCGUUGAUCGUACGGAAAACAAGAUUGCAUGUACGGUAAUCGCGGCUGCGUUGCACUACAUCUGUACUGUCGUCUUUUGCCUCAUGCUUGCAGAGGGCAUUGGUAUUGCGAGGGACGUUAUUCUAGUUUUUGCUCAAACUUCCAUACUCAGCAAACUAUUAGUGUUUGCAUGGGCUGCUGGCUGUCUCUAUCUGGUGGACUCAGAUGGGCAUUUGUUGGACCAGCCUUACUCGUGA